AUGGGUGGCUGGAAAUACUCAAAACAACGUUUACAAAGACAUCCAUUUGUUGCUAAAGUUGUACGUGCUAAAAAGGUAAUCUGCAUAUGUGGAGUUGUAAUAAAACUUAAUAGGAAAUAUGACGAAGAUUACAUUAACCACCAUGCAAAUGGUCCAGGAUGUAAACGAAAUGAACAAAAAAGUAUUUUAUGCUUUUUUAAUCCUACAACAACUGAUAAAAAAGAUGACGAUGAUGUAAAUUCAGAUGAUGAUUGGAAUGAUUGGAAAAGUGAGGUAGAAGAUGCAAUGGAUGAUAACGAUAUUAUUACAGUAGAUGAAAAUGAGGAUGGAAUUAAUGAAAAAGAAAAUGCUAAUAUAGAGAUUAUUAAUCCAGCAACUAAUCAAACUGGUAGAAAAAGAAAGCCAUGUUUAGGAUUGCGUUCAGAUUUGAUUGCAAAAUAUGUUGAUAGAACACCUGCAUGUUAUGGUGGAGCUCGUCGUGUUGAAAUAAUUGCUAAGGAAAUAUAUCCUGGAAAAUUUCCUCAUAAGUUUACAAGAAAAAAACUUAAGCCAUUUCAGAAACGUGCAUUAAAUCGAAAAAUUUAUGCAGAAUCUCAAUGGCGUGUCGAUAAAGAUUGCAUUGCUGUACGCGCUAAAGAAUGCACAGGAUAUUCCGAUUCUGGAAAAACGAUUUGUAAUGAAUGUUAUUUACUAAAAUACAAUCCUAUAUUGGCACAUCGUCUUACUAUACCAAAACCGGCACCUGAAAAUCUUAAAUUUACACCAAAAUUCUAUUUUGAAAAUAAUUCUUUAAAAAAACAUUUGCAAAAUCAGGAUCUUCAUGAAAUUUGGUCUGUUAUUAAGGACAAUUAUGAUACAAGUAUAUGGAUUACAUUAGCAGAUAAAGCAACCAAUGGUGCAUUUAAAGAAAAACCU